GCACGCGAGCCACGCAUUCGCAUCGGAAACCUCGCUCCUCGCGCGGAUCCCUUCCUCCACCUCCACCUCCACCCCCCGUACGCGGCCGCGCCACUUGUCCCCGCCGCGCCGGCCAAUGCCCGGCGGCGCACGGUGAGGGGGUGGGGGCAGCGCCGCCGGCGCGCCCGUUUGGAUUCUAUUCCUUUCCCCCACACUGCUCAUUUAUUCCCACGCCCCCCACGCAGCUGACGCCUCGUCGCACUCGUGUGCCUGCCUGCCUGCCUGCCUCGGCCUAUUUAAGUAGGCCGCGCGCCCGGGCCGUGGAGCGAUAUGCUCUUCUCCAGGAGGCCGCUCGCCGCCGCCGCCGCCGCCCGACUCGCGCCGCUGUCGCCCCCUCUCCUUCUCUUCUUCGCGUCCGCCUCGUCGUGCUCCGCAGCUGCCGCGUCGGCUUCGGCUUCGGCUUCGGGUUCUAGAGGCUGCAGUGCUGUAAGGAUGGAUACCGGUGCGGUGGAGCCAGCAUCAACUGGAGCAAUAUGGUCAACUCCAUCAGUGGAACCUAAAACCAUUUCUGUUGGGAAAGAGAUAUUCUGCAAUCGGUCACUCAACAUGAGGAACAUCACUGCAGUAGGAUUUGAUAUGGAUUACACUCUUGCACAGUACAAGCCCGAGACAUUUGAGGCCCUUGCUUACAAUGGCACAAUAGAGAAGCUUGUCAAUGACCUCGGCUACCCUGAGGAGCUGUUAACAUGGCAGUUUGACUGGAAAUAUAUGGUCCGAGGAUUAGUUCUUGAUAAGAAAAGAGGGAACAUCUUGAAGAUGGAUCGGCACAAGUAUGUGAAAGUUGCGUAUCAUGGAUUUAGGGAAAUGUCAAAAGAAGAAAAAGUUUCUGCAUAUGGAAGUACAUUGAUACGAGAUUCCUUUGAUGAGCCUGACUAUGCCCUCAUAGACACGCUUUUCUCAUUGGGCGAAGCCUAUCUAUUUGCUCAACUUGUUGAUUUCAUGGACAACAAUCCUGGAAAAGUACCUUCAGGCACUGACUAUCCACUUAUGUACAGAGAUGUGAGGUCUGCUGUUGAUUUAUGCCAUCGUGAUGGAACAUUAAAGAAAAUGGUUGCAAAAGAUCCUAGCAGGUACAUCAACGAAGACCUGGCCAUUGUUCCUAUGCUUGAAAUGAUUAAAAAAUCUGGGCGUUCAACAUUCUUGGUGACAAAUAGUCUGUGGGACUACACAGAUGUUGUCAUGAACUACCUAUGUAGGCCAUAUACCUCAGAUGUAAACUCCGGUCACAACCACAAGUGGCUUGGAUAUUUUGAUGUUGUGAUAACAGGAAGCUCAAAGCCAGGGUUCUUCCAUGAUGGUAACCGUGCAGGACUGUUUGAAGUUGAGCCUGAUUCUGGGAAACUUUUAAAUGCUGAUCUACAUAUUGGAAGCCCCAGAUCUGGUCAGCAGCCCUCAAGACCAGUUCACAAAGUUUACCAGGGAGGAAAUGUUGGCCAUCUUCACAGAUUACUCUCUGUUGCUUCUAGUUCACAGGUCCUAUAUGUUGGAGAUCAUAUUUAUGGAGACAUACUGCGCAGCAAGAAAGUCUUAGGUUGGCGGACGAUGCUAGUAAUACCAGAACUGGAGCAAGAGGUGAAACUUCUUUCGGAAUCAAAAUCAACUCGAAAGGAGCUUAGGCAUCUUAGGAUGGAGCGUGAUUCAAUUGAAGAUAGAAUCCAUCGUCUUGAAUGGUCACUCAAGUUUGAAAAUCUUACAGAAGAUGAGAAGGAACAGUUAUUUUCGGAGCAUGACACUCUGCUGCAAAAGAAGGAGCAUGUUCGCCGUCUUCAUCAAGAGGCUCAAAGGCAACAUCAUCAGAAGUUUCAUAAGGUGUGGGGACAGCUCAUGAAGACGGGCUACCAAAACUCCCGAUUUGCUCAUCAGUUUUACAUGUUUUACACAGGUCGAGAGAUUUGCGUGCCUUUACAGUAGUCAAGUCACUAACUUUGCUUUGUACUCCCCCAACAAGUACUACCGUCCAAGCGAGGACUACAUGCCCCAUGAGUUCGAUGUGCUUGGGCUGUAAGAGAUCUCCUUUGAAUAGAGUUUGAGCUGCAUCUGGAUAGGAACAUGAUCUUAGUCCUGUGACUCUUGUCAUCGAAUAACAUGUUUUAGUUUCUGUUAAUUUUGCAAACAAGCAUGGGGUUGAUCUUGUGAAUGCUCACCCUUUUUCAAGUUACCGCUGAAAAGAAAGCGAAAGGUUUAUCUGUAAGUAUUAUAGUCGGCCAUAGCAGAUCAGCAAUUUAACUGUAUCUUUUUGUACAUAAUAACAAGCUUAAAGAAAAUUAAAAGGAAUGAGAUGUUAAUUGGAAGUUCUA